AUGGCUUCGCAUUUGCUCGCUUCUGCGUGCGCGGAUCUCCGCGCGGGUCCUGCCGCUGGCCUCCGUCCGUCAGCCUCGAAUGCUACUUAUUCCCUCUCCUCUAAGCCCGUGAACCAGCGUCGUCGCGCCAGCUUCGAUGGCGUUAACAUUAGCAGCGCCAGCAAGAAUAGCAGCUUCUAUAAGGGAGCUUCUAGAAUGUCGCUCACGCUGCCUUCUCAAGCCGUCCCAGAGGCCUCGCCGAGCUUUCCCGCUGCUCCUAGCACCCCAGUCUGCCUGCAAACCCCGUCUCCUUCGAAUUCUUUGAAUCGUUCCGCCGGCCCUAAGUCGGCAGGAGCGAAGACAGAUAGAUCUGGAACGGCGACAUCUGCGCUUGGAGGCAUGGGGGGAAUGCUGGGGGGAUUGUUCGGCGGAGGGGACCCCGCGGAGAAGACACGUCAGCAGUACGCGGACCGCGUGGUGGAGGUGAAUAAGCUCGAGCCGGUGAUGCAGAAGAUGACGGACGAUCAGCUGCGCGCCAUGACCGUUGACCUCAAGAAACGCAUCGCGGCGGGCGAAUCGCUGGACAGUGCGCUGCCUGAGGCGUUUGCCGUGGUGCGCGAAGCUGCCAAGCGCGUUCUCGGCCUGCGGCCUUUCGACGUGCAGCUCAUUGGCGGCAUGGUGCUGCACAAGGGGCAGAUUGCGGAGAUGCGGACGGGGGAGGGCAAGACGCUGGUGGCGGUGCUGCCGGCGUACCUGAACGCGCUCACAGGCAGGGGCGUGCACGUCGUCACCGUCAACGACUAUCUCGCCCGGCGCGACGCCGAGUGGGUGGGGCAGGUUCACAAGUUUCUGGGGCUCUCCGUCGGCCUCAUUCAGCAGGGCAUGGACGCGCAGCAGAGGAGGGAGAGCUACGCGUGUGACGUGACAUACGUGACCAACAGCGAGCUGGGAUUCGACUUCCUCCGCGACAACCUCGCCACUACCAAGGAUGAGUUGGUGCUGCCGGACUUCCACUACUGUGUGAUCGACGAGGUGGACUCCAUCUUGAUUGACGAGGCGCGCACGCCGCUCAUCAUCUCGGGUCCCGCAGAGAAGCCCAGCGAGCGCUACUACAAGGCGGCAAAGCUGGCCAAUGCCUUCGUGCGCGACGUGCACUACACGGUGGAUGAGAAGCAGAAGGCGGUGCUUCUCACAGAAGAGGGCUACGAGGAGGCGGAAACGCUGCUGGGAGUGAGCGACCUGUAUGACCCGCGGGAGCAGUGGGCGUCGUAUGUGAUCAACGCCAUCAAGGCCAAGGAGUUGUUUCUGAGAGAUGUGCAGUAUAUUGUCAAAGCCGGAGGGAUCCUGAUCGUUGAUGAAUUCACCGGUCGCAUUAUGGAGGGUCGGCGGUGGAGUGAGGGGCUGCACCAGGCAGUGGAGGCGAAGGAGGGUCUCACCAUUCAGAACGAGACGGUCACGCUCGCAUCCAUCAGUUACCAGAACUUCUUCCUGCAGUACCCGAAGCUGUGCGGCAUGACUGGUACAGCAGCCACAGAGACAGCUGAGUUCACGAGCAUCUACAAGCUCACCGUCACUGAGAUCCCCACCAACCGCCCCGCUGGCCGCAAGGACGAGUCAGACGUGGUGUUCAGGGCGGCGGACGGCAAGUGGCGGGCGGUAGUGGUGGAGGUGGCACGUAUGAACAAAAUGGGCCGCCCGGUGCUGGUGGGCACGACGAGUGUGGAGCUGAGUGAGGGGUUGUCGGCGCGGCUCAAGGAGGCAGGGGUGAAGCACCAGGUGCUCAACGCCAAGCCCGAGAACGUGGAGAGGGAAGCAGAGAUCGUCGCACAGAGCGGCCGUCUGGGUGCUGUGACCAUUGCAACGAACAUGGCGGGGCGAGGAACGGACAUUCUGCUGGGAGGCAAUGCGGAGUUCAUGGCUCGCCUCAAGCUCAGGGAGAUGCUCAUGCCCAGAGUGGCUCAAGCGAGCGACAAUGAGAUAGCGUUUGAGGGCAAGAGGAAGAUUCCUGUGAAGAAGACCUGGGCGGUCAACCCGGAGCUCUACCCCUGCCAGCUGUCGGAUGCCACGUCAGCGCUGCUGACGACAGCAGUGGAGGCAGCCGUGGCAUCUUGGGGCGCCAACUCGCUGCCGGCUCUGGAGGCCGAGGACAGGCUAGCGUUCGCAUGUGAGAAGGGCCCCACGAGCGACCCAGUGAUUGCAGCUCUGCGAGCUGCCUUCCAGGCGAUGGACGACGAGUAUCGCGUGUUCACAGAGGCGGAGAAGCAGAAAGUCAUUGCUGCUGGCGGGCUGCAUGUCGUUGGCACAGAGAGACACGAGUCCCGGCGCAUUGACAACCAGUUGAGGGGGCGGUCAGGGCGGCAGGGCGAUCCUGGCAGUUCGCGCUUCUUCCUCUCCCUCGAGGAUAACAUCUUCCGCAUCUUCGGGGGCGACCGUAUCCAGGGUUUGAUGAAGGCGUUUCGUGUGGAGGACAUGCCGAUCGAGUCCAAGAUGCUCACCAAGGCUCUGGACGAGGCACAGAGGAAGGUGGAGAACUACUUCUUUGACAUCCGCAAGCAGCUGUUCGAAUACGACCAGGUGCUGAACAGCCAGCGUGACCGAGUGUACGCGGAGAGGAGGAGGGCGCUGGUGGCGGAGAGCCUGGAGGGCGCGAUGAUAGAGUAUGCGGAGCUCACCAUGGACGAUAUCCUCGAGGCAAACAUCGACGCUACAAAGCCCAAGGAGGAGUGGAAUUUGGAGGCCCUGGCAGCCAAGGUCAAGCAGUACUGCUACCUGCUCGCCGACCUCUCCCCUGAGUCCCUCGCUCCCCACGCCGACUCCAUUGACAGCCUGCGGGAGUAUUUGAGGAAGCGCGGGCGGGAGGUGUACUACCAGAAGCGGGAGGAGGUGGAGAAAAUUGUUCCCGGGCUGAUGAAGGACGCAGAGCGCUACUUUGUGCUCUCGCAGACGGACAACCUGUGGAAGGAGCACCUGCAGGCACUCAAGUUUGCGCAGCAGGCGGUGGGGCUGCGCGGGUACGCGCAGAAGGACCCGCUGAUUGAGUACAAGCUGGAGGGGUACAACCUCUUCCUCUCCAUGAUGGCGCAGAUCCGCCGCAAUGUCAUCUACUCCGUGUACCAGAUCCACCGCAAUGUCAUCUACUCCGUGUACCAGGUGGGUGGGCUACAUGUUGUUUGGGAUGUUUACCAGGUGGGUUACGUGGCGUCCGCUUACCAGGUGAAUAUCCUUUCAUCUGGUUUGUGCAAUGGGCAAGUUGCAUCGUCUGGUUCGUCCAUUUGA